UAUACAGGAAUCGAUCGAACAGAUGGAGGCCGCCUACUGGUGCAGGGUGGUAGGGAGGGAGAGGGAGCUGCAACACCUGCUCUUCCCGACCCCGACGACUGCUGCUGCACUCGCCGACACCACUGCCGUCGGCGGCGAGCGCUUGCCGCCGGGGCUGGCAACGAAGAUUGUGUCCCGGGGAAGGAAGAGACUCCGGGACAAGAAUAAUAUUGUACUGAAGCUGCGCCUUGACGACGCAGAUGAUCAGGAGAUGGCAGCUGAUGGCCGCGAUGAGCCUCUUCGUUGCAGCAAAACAAGGAGGAAACAGCAGAGUACAACAUCGACAAUGGUAACGACUGUGCCAGAUUUCGAUGGGUAUCAGUGGAGGAAAUAUGGUCAGAAGCAAAUUGAAGGUGCCAAGUACCCCAGGAGUUACUACCGGUGCACCAACAGCACAGACCAGGGCUGCGGCGCCAAAAAGACAGUGCAGCGCAACGACGACGGUGGCGGCGGCGGAGCAGCACGGUACACGGUGGCGUACAUCUCGGAGCACACCUGCAAGUCCGUCGAAUCGGUCGCGCCGGUCAUCCUCGAGACCACCAUCGUCCCUACCGCCGGCAGUGCUGCUGAAUCUGUAUCACCGCCGACCUCGUCUUCGUCGGAUAUCAUCACUACUACAUGGAGCAGCACUGGUAGUAGCGGCGAGGCAAGUUGGAGUGGUCAGCACGGCGACUUCUGCCGGCAGUUGAUCGCCUCCGGUGAUGACUGCUGCUGGGACAAUACGUUUACUCCGACGACCGCCACCUCGGCUAAUUCUGCUGUGGUCCAGGAGAUGGACUUGACCGGCCCGAUCAGGUCGCCGGUGCACAUGGCAGUGCCGGACGGUAAUUGGAUGGGCUAUUUGGUCCUUAAUAAUGAUCUUAUCGACGAUAUCUUCGACGGAAGCAUCAACAAUUUGUUCAGUUUCUAGACACAUAUGACUUGUCACACAUCCAUCCAUGCAUCAACUCCCUCUUGUACUACUGUGUGUAUUGGAUGUUGCUUUAAUUUUUUUCCCUCUUUCUUAGAGGAAGAUGAGAUUAUUGUUACUUUCUGACCAUGACUAGCAUGAUAAACUACUAAAGA